CGCCCAAUUGAAAUCUCACCGAUGUUAACCAGAGAGAAACCUCGCAGUGAACAAACUAGGCCAAGGUUUCUGAACAAUCCAAGAAAGAUUAAAGUAUUAUUUGGAAUGUUCCUGCUCUUCUUUUCAGUUGUUGCGUUUUGUACGAUUGCAUAUUUCAAUAAUUUAAGCGUUUUUUUGCGAACAAACUAUGUGAGAAUUACAAAACUAUAUGCCGUUAAGAAGAGCAAAGAUCGUACAAGUGUAUCGAAUCUAAUUCAGAAAAAUACCACUCUUCCGGCACGGCAAGAUGAUUGGAGUAACGUAACUAAAAACAUUUAUGUCUUUUCAUCAUUCUGGGAUGACAGGUUGAAACCUUUGCAGAGAUUUGUUCGAAUCGUAGCUAUUGGACCUAGAGAGGGACUAGAAGGAAAAGAUAUUAGCUGUAUUGCGUACAACCAAAAUACUAGUACUUCUAUUAUAUUGCCAACUAGUUUCAAAAUUAUUGAAGAACAUCAUGGCCAGUCAUUUUCGGCUAUGUACUUUUUCUGUUACUGGGGUUCAAAAAGACCUCCUCCCCUCGCUGUAGCUUUGCGUCACAUACCAACGUCACUGGAAUCCGCUAAACUUCCCGUUCACAAUCGAAACGUGAGCAAAGUUAGAGUAACUAAAGAUAACAUUGCAGUUUGUGUGCGGCCCUUUUUUGGGCCGUUUAACAACACCUUAGAUCUAGCACAGUUCGUAGCUUUAUAUCAUACUUUGGGUGUCAGUCAUUUUACGUUUUAUGAUUACAGAAUAACAAAUCAGGUCCGGGAGUUCAUAUCUUCUCUACAGAAAGAAGGAUUCAGUAUUGAACUUCUUCCUUGGAGCCUGCCGAAUCCUGUGAUUCUAAACACGUGGGCAUACGGUCAGUUGGCCAGCAGUCAAGAUUGUGUUUACAGACAUAUGUUUGAUUAUAAUUAUGUGGCAUUGGUAGACGUUGAUGAAUUUCUUUUUCCACGGAAGAAUGAAACGCUUCAGGAAAUGAUUAAAUCAUUCCCCAUCGAAAAGUGGAGCAGUUUAGAAAUUCGCAACUCUUUCUUUUGUAAACGAAACCCAGAGAAAACCGUAUCCUCGAAUGCGUCAAUACCGCUCACUUCUACAAGAUUCAUAAAACGUGAGAAGAAGAUAUGGAAACCUAAAAUCAGAUCCAAGAUUAUAGUUCAACCUUUCAAAAUAAUAACUUGUGGAAUUCACUUUGUUUGGGAGCAUUUUGAAGCAGGGAAUGCGAUCGUGGUACCACCUAGCGUAUGUUUAAUGCAUCACUACCGCGAUAGUAUGUGUUCUAAAGAUCCACAGAAGAUAGUAGUUGACAAUUAUGCCCUAAAAUUUAAAGACCAGUUACUGAAGUCCAAGGUGAUAAAAAUCUGGAAAGAACUGUUUUGGCAGAAAUAAAUACAUCUUUCUAGUCCGGACAUUCUAGCUACUCCCCCCCCCCCCAAUCCACAAACAUAAAAAAUCUUAUUAGCAGUAACACUGCGAAUUUCCUUCUUUCUAAUAAAGUAUAA